AUGCCUAAAUAUAAGCCGAAAAAGUCAAUGCAGUCGAAGAAAAUCGAGAGAGACGAAGUUAGCCAGGUGCCCCAGGCUAGCAGCGAAAUGGAGGAUACGGAAUCGGACCACGGCCAGGAGCAGAUGGAAGAAGCAGGACUGGGCCUCAUACUGAAAGAACUAAGGGAGUUUAGAAAGGACAACAGUCAACAGUUGAAAGAGAUUCUGCUGUACAGAUCAGCGGAGGAGGCGACCGGGGACAUGGUGAAGAGGGGGUUCUCAGUGUCGGUCAUUAAACACCUGGAAUCUCUGCUGGAGCAGAUCCAGAAGUUCACUUGGCGCACGAGAAGGAGAGCGGGACACCGGGAGAGAGCAGUGAAAGAUCUUGAUGCUCUUUUCAAGGGUAGAUGCUGCUGUUUUCGUAAGGACCCCAUGGAUGAGGUCCAGGCCUGGGGAGAAUCAGUGGACAAACUCCUGGAAUGCAAAUCUGGGCAGACAGCCUUCAGAGAAUUCCUGAAGACAGAGUACAGUGAGGAAAACAUUCUGUUUUGGCUGGCCUGUGAGGACUACAAGAAGAUCAAGUCCACCCCAGAGAUGAUCUCUACUGCCAACAGGAUCUACUCGGAAUUCGUCCAGGUUGAGGCCCCCAGACAGAUUAACAUUGACUGCAGAACCAGAGAAAAUAUCACAAAGAAUAUUUCUCAACCAAACCUUGAAUCAUUUGACACGGCGCAGAGAUUAAUAUAUGGUCUUAUGGCUAAAGACUGUUACCCACGAUUCCUGAAAUCUGACAUCUACCAGGCACUUCUCAGAAGAUCGGAGAAAAGAUGA